AUGUUUACCUGUGCCGGUUGUAACUCCGAAGCCCGGGACGACAUUUUCAAAGAUUUCGACAUUGAUUGCGCAGGUAUAACAGAAACAGGUUACCGAAAACUUGGGGACCGGAAAGGAAAUUGGAAGUGUCCUACCUGCAAAACCAACAACAACAAUUCCAAACUCCAUGUGCAGCCAGCUCCAUCGUCUCCCACUCCCGUCAGCUUAGAGAGUAUCAUGCUUGAAAUCAAAAAGCUGUCUCAGAAUAUGGCGUCGCUAUCGGAUCUACCUCAAGAUAUAAAGAUCAUAAAGGACGAAAUCCAGGAACUAAAACUAUCUCUGGAGUUCACCCAAGAUUCUGUAAAGGUUUGCAAUGAUCAAAUAUCUGAUAUAGACAAAAGAUUGAAGAAUGUUGAAAGUAGCAAAGAGGACUCGCCUGUGUUGCAUCAACGUAUAGAAUAUCUAGAAAGUGCACUUAAGCAAAAAGACCAAAUGGAUCGUCUAAGUAACGUGGAAGUGAAAGGAGUUCCAUUUAAAGAUUCAUAA